AUUGUGUGUACAUUUCUUCCAAAGAUAAGUCGUGGUUAAAAAUCAUCCCUGUUGCGGCAUACAAAUACAAUGGCUCGUACUAAGCAAACCGCCCGAAAAUCGACCGGAGGAAAGGCUCCCAGGAAACAGUUGGCAACCAAAGCAGCACGUAAAAGCGCUCCCGCCACUGGUGGAGUGAAGAAACCCCAUCGUUAUCGUCCUGGAACAGUCGCUCUCCGUGAGAUCCGUCGUUACCAAAAGAGCACGGAACUGUUGAUCCGCAAAUUGCCGUUUCAACGUCUGGUCCGUGAAAUCGCUCAAGACUUCAAAACCGACUUGCGUUUCCAGAGUUCCGCCGUCAUGGCCUUACAGGAAGCUAGUGAAGCUUAUUUGGUCGGUUUAUUCGAAGACACCAACUUGUGCGCCAUCCAUGCUAAACGUGUUACGAUCAUGCCAAAAGACAUCCAGUUGGCUCGUCGUAUCCGCGGAGAACGUGCAUAAUUGUGUAUUUGUGUAUAUUCAUUUCUUUAAAACGGCCCUUUUUAGGGCCAUCA